GAGCUGGAGAUUGUGGGUUCGAGUCCCACCAGGGUCGUUUCUUUCUCAUUUUGUACGACUUUGUUUUAUUAUCCCUGGAAUUUCUUACAUAAAAGGGAUCUCUUUUACCCAUACUUUGCAAACUAGCAUUUUGUCACUAAGAUCAUGCUGAAAUGAAGUUAUCUGAACAAUAUUGUCUGUUUUCGCGGGAAAGUGAACAGUGUGUUGUUGUGGUAGCUAACUUUUUGGCUAAGAUCAGUGGAUAGAUAAACACACGAAAGAUGCGGUUCAGAGCUCGGAUGACCGACAUUGGGCGAGUUCAUUCUCUUACAAAAACCCUGACCUGCAUAAGCAAAAUUUGCAGAAUAUGUGUUCUGAAAUUGGGACCAUCAAGCAUUGGUUUUAUUUACACAGACAAAGCAGCGAGUGGUGGAACAAGGCUUUGGUGUGAUCUGGAGCAGGAAGAUAUUUUUGAUGAGUUUCGAAUUGAGGGUAAAGAUGAAAGAAAUGAGAUUUUUUUGGAGAUAAUUACUGAAAACUUUGUUCGAGCACUGAAAUCCGCACAGAAUUCACAGGCUUUGAAGAUCAAGUUAACAAGAAAACAAACAUCUUGUCUUACAUUUGAAGUUUCUUUGCCAUCUCUUGUCAGUCACACAAGAAAUGUCGUGCAUGAUAUUCCUGUUGGAAUUAUACCAUCAAGAUUCUGGGAAGAUUAUGGCAAGCCUGACCUGCCUCCAUGUGACAUAGCUGUCACCAUGCCAAAUAUGAAGACUUUGAAAAAUGUCAUUGAUCGAAUGAAGAACGUUAGCGGAUUUGUUGUGAUUGCUGCUAAUAGGUCGGGACAGUUAACGCUGGAAAUCGAGACUGAUUUAGUAAAUAUAACAACAAUCUUUAAGCAUAUGGACGUAGAAACACCCAAUGAGACAUCAGCCGAAGAGAGGCCUGACGUCAUCAGAAGAGACGAAAGAUUUGAGGCCCGAGUAGACAUCGUCAAACUCCACUCGCUUUUGAACGCUCAGCAAUCGAUGCCAAGCAAGAUCGUUUGCAGCAUUUGCGAUGAACAAUGCAUUCAUGUUGUAAUCUAUUGUGAUGAAACAGUGCUCAAUUUUCUGUUACCAGCAAUGAUUCGUUAGCCUAACUUUGAAGACUUUGUGUUACCCAUCACAAAAUUUGCGCAGUUAUAUUUUGCAAUGCAAAAUACAUUGCACAGGUUAUCGCCGCCUUUGUUGCUGGCAAAGAUUGUCUAGAAGUGUAUUUAUUACUGUGUAAGUUAGAUGCAUAAAAAUAGGCGCUGUUCGUAACCAUGCCAUACCCUUUGGUGGCAUGACGUGCGUGCUAAGAAUUGUGGGUAGCAACGAGCUUUAUAUAUGAAAAAUUGUUAGUUAUUCUGCAUUUAGAAAAAUGUUAAAUUGUUAUUUAUAUAUUAGUACGAUUACUUUUUGACAACUUUGCGACACGAAAAAGAAUUCGAAAUGAUUAACAUUGUCAAGACGUUUAACAGAUUGUUUUAAAAUGUUACUUCUGAGAACACGAUAUUUCAAUGCGGAAAGUAGCCUUAUUAAUACUUCAUUAAUACAAAAUUUGAUACCAGAUUAUCCGGCGAGCAAACAGUA